CGCUUUUCUCGAGAAAUGUCAAUCCCUUGUUCAUCAUUUGCUCUCCGUAACAACUACGAUCGCAAUCAUGAGCGAACAAGAGAGGUGAGGCAACUUGAUAAGCACAUAGAUCUCUACUCUCAGCUGAGUCUCAAGCAGAAGAUUUUCAGAAUGCCGCGUUGUAAGAAUCUUUUCGGCGCGCAUCUGCGCAACCAGCCAAAGCACUUUGCCUACCGCUACAAGCGUGGGUGGAUCACCAAACCCAUUCCCGCCAAAGCCUACGCUACCAGACCUCCAUCUUUCGCGAGUCAGAUGAACCUGUGGCACAAUGACGAUUUCCAGUUUCUGGCUGUCUGUAAGCUGAACAUGCACAAGCACAGGACCAAGAUAACACCUUUUCAGUACAGAAAGGACUUCGAAAGCAAGAAGCUGAACACGAUUAUCACGAAUAUGCGUGUAACCCCAAGUGCUUUAUAUGCGAUGGAUGACAUGGGCGGAUUCGAUAACUACAUAAUGCGCACAUCACCAGAGGAAAUACGGAGUACAGCUGCGGAGAAAAUGAAAAACUUGAUGUAUUACUUUAUGGACGAACUACAUCUGUUCCUGCUGGUGCUCCACCCUAGGAAUAAUAUUGUUACGACCCUAGACGCAAACCACUAGACAUUGUCUGUGUUGCUCUCUCCUUUACGAGAGAGUAAAGUUAAUCAUAAACUUAAACUAACAUCAUCAACAUAAAAACGUGGUCAAGUAGACUCUUCCUCUUGUCCCGUUGCCUCCAGACUCUUCCUCUUGCCCCGUUCGUUGCCCUCCUCCUUCAUACCCAACGAAGACAACCCUACCGUAAAAAGUUGGGGAAUGCCAUUUAAGGCUCAACUUUCACUGGUCAUAGAGGUUGGCCACUGAAAUCGAAGAGGGCCCCCUGGAGAGAACAGGGGAGAUAGAUGAAGGGAAAACAAGUAGAGAGAUGUGGGGGCCCUCCCGUUCAGAGUCAGUGACCAAUGGCUGCUGACCUUUAAGCCAUGGCAUAUACUCUUGAGGAAAAAAGAGCAAUCGGACCCAUGGUUUGCUAGGUAUAAGCACACAGCCUUCAAAGCCGCAAGACCGAAAAGGGACGCGCGAGAGCAUAAACCAUUUUCGCCAUAUUUUCUGCCUAAUGAAUCACUGAUGGAGCCUGCGAGACAGGAAUUUUUGCCCGGGUCAGAAGUUAUGAUUGGAUGGGGAUGCCUAGUGGUGAGUCGAGUUUUUCGAGAACAAUGAAAAAUUGUAUACUAUUCCUCUCUAAUCCCCACACUGACGUAACCCGAAAUCUUUGGUGGAAGGCGAGUCCAGAACUCGAGAGAAAGUUCCGAUCCCGACUUGCUCGUGCUCGCUCCUUUGAGGAAAAGGUGCCGGAUCAUAGAGAACCUGGCGGCUUUAGGAGGGGACACGGCAUGGGCGGUGGUGGGCGUCACGGUGAGCAUUGCUGGAUUAGGAAAAAGGCAGGUGGAAUGGGAGUAAGAAGAAAGUACAGAGAUACGAGACCUCAUUAGAAGAGGUGUUGCUUGUUUUCUAUGCUGCUUUUCUGGAUCUUCAGUUUCACUUUCACAAGGUACUGCAUUGUCAUGGAAGAUGAACAUCAUCUGGUACCGCUUGUAGUUGUUUUAUGUCCGAUGUUCUUACCUGACGAUCAACAUGUGAGCCUCGGAGCUAUGAUGUGGCAAACGGUAGCAGCAAGCAGG